AUGGAGGCCAUAGGCGUUGGCGCCAAUGUCCUGGCCUUCGUCGUACUGGGCAUCAAGUCGGCAAAGCUGGCCCAUGACACACUCUCUGCGAUCAGUGACGGCCCAGUCCGUGUACGGAACCUGGCAGCCGAUUUCCUCCAGCUGCAUUGGAUCCUUGAGCAGUUACUUCAGUGUCGCGCUGCUGCAACUGACACGGCCCUGCAUGGUCAGGCUCGUCAGUGCUGUGAGACUCUUGGCAAGUUGGCAAUGACCAUCGAGCGACUCCAGGUCUCUCCCAGGGAGAGAGCCACUGGGAGGUUCUGGAGGCGUUUGAAAGCUGCCAUUAGCGAAAGUGAUCUGGAGAAGCUCGGUUCCUGGGUAGCACAGCAAACUAGUAUGCUCAGCUUGAGGCUGAAUGUGCUGUCAAGCAAUGCAAUUUAUGCAGCGAGAGACGGGAACGAGAAGAUCCAACAACAAAUCCAUUCAUUCGGCGCCUCAAUGCAAACCCAAUUCGUGGCGCAGACGGCAACCAUCCAAGGCGCUGCUCAGAGCAUCACGAGUAGGCACAAUGAUGGAAGAAAUGCCCUUGAGGCAGGCCUGUCAUCCAUUCAACAAACCAUCGAAGCCACUCAUUCUAUCUCGUCCGAAAAUACCCGAUCUAUGUUCCAGAUACUCAACGAGAUCAAAGAUCGCAUCGCUCCUGAUUCCAAGGAUGAUCCAGAGACGACCCAUUCGAGCGGUCACGAUGAGCAUGCUAUGGACGAAGCCGCUCUAGGGUUGGAUCAGAAGCUGCUGGGAAGUAUUGAUAACCUUUGCAGCUUAAUCAACGAGAAAAGGGACGCUGUCGACGCCUACGAGGAAGACGAUGGCCAGGCGCAAUCUGCGAUCGAGAACCUGGAGGAGCUUGUACAGAACCUUCGAGGGCAGAAACUCCCCGUUUCAGAUCCAAAGUCAUUUGUCAGCGACUUGGGUCGAUUUGGUAAAUGGUUUGGGUCAGGGGCAUUGUCCAUCAACUCGAGAGUCGAGAGUUCUCGAAGGCCUCUCACCCAGGUGGUAGAGCAGUCACAAAGCUUUAGUGAAGCCGACAUUGGAGCUGGGAAAAUUCACCUCAUGGUCCAGAAACGGAAGCGCGCAAUAGACACAGCAGACCAGGACGACGACGACGCGAGAGAAAAAAAGCGAUGCCAUACCGACUUUAGGAUGACAGUUGCCUACCUACCAGGCAGGGGACAGAGCCGCCACAUGCUAUUGGCCUCAUUAACACGACAGGAACUUCUCACGAACAGCAUGACGUGCAUCUCUCGACUGCAGAUCAAUCGAGUUUUGCCCGAAGGGUCGCUGGUAUUCCAGUUGGUGGAACAGGGCGACCUUGGGGGGCUCAAGGAGAUGCUGCAGGACGGCAGGGCAUCUCUUCAAGAUCAUGAUGAGCAUGGUGCCUCGUUACUCUUUUAUUCGAUAGAAUAUCCAGAAGUGUGCAAGUUUUUAAUCGACAGUGGACUCGAUGUUGAUCAUGUCGCCGGUGACCCUGGGUUUCCGAAAUGGCAGGUGCAAGCGCUCCAGGUAAAGGACUAUAGUGAUUCUCACCGAACGCCUGGAGAAUUGCAACGCAUCAUCGAGUGUCGCCGGCUUCUGCUGCGUGCCGGUGCUGACCCAACCUUGAGCGUGGGUGGCGAUGGCAACUUUCUUGAGGAGGCGAUUGAAGGAAAUGUCCCCGAGGUAAUUGAAUUGGCCUGGAACCCGGAAUUCGUCAGGCCGCUUGCAGACAUCAACACGUAUCGCACCACAUGGGGCAAAUCUCCUCUCCUCAGCGCAUGCAGAAAUGAUAAUAUUGGCUACAACUGGCAGUGUUUCCAUCAGCUCCUCAAAUUCGGUGCCAAUAUCGAGGAUCGAGAUGAAGGCGGGAGGACUUGCCUCCACCUAUGCAUCGACAAUUUGGAUCUCCCCGAUCAAUUCGAAGGAGACUUGACCCAGUUUGAGGCCAUUCAGUAUCUUGUACGGGAAGGCGCAGAUCCACGCGCUGUGGAUAAGCACGGAAUAUCUGUCUCUGACGUUGCCUACACCAAGCAUGGAUCCCAGGGGAUCAAGUGCAGCUAUCCUGGUGAUCUCUGGGACGCGGUAUUGCACAGCUGCGGCUACGACAUCGCCCAAUUUCGCUCAGGACAUCAACGCAGAGUGAGAUACACUACGUCAGCUCACAAUUCAAUAUCGUCCUAUCAAUACAGCCGCCGCCACUUCGAAAAGUUAUGGGCAGGGAGAGAGGCAGAAUGCCCGUACUGGAACGAUAAACCCUGGCCGCCCUUGGGACCUGGGGAGGGAGACAGCGAUGACAAAUCUCAAGACCUCGAGUGUAAAUGUCAGGCUUGUUUCCCUUACAACCCCAAAGGUCAAACUGCAGAACUUGAUAAAGAAGAAGAUGAGGAACAGGCAAACUCUGAUGAUGGGAGUGUCAGAGACUACCCGCACCGCCUCUACGUGGAUCAGGGUGAGAAACAGUCAGAAUCGGACAUGGGAGAAGCGAUGAGCACUGGGGAUGUGCAAAGCUACUGGAACGAGACAGGCACAUUGCCUGGUUUUGGAGAGCUGAUGCAAGGCAUGCUGAGUGAGAAAUGGCAGGACUCCCCUGACCUUGGACACUCGAUUGUCGGCACACCUCGGUCACUCAGUAUGGAUCUUGAGAAUCCAUGGCUUUAA